CGGAACUGCCGCACAAUGCGGCCGAAUACUCGCAUUGAUGGCUUCUUCGAUAUGUACUCCGUUGUCUUCAUUCACCCCGUGUGCUUACUGCAAGGAACCAAAACUCCCGAAAUUCCAGAAAAGUCGGACCAAGGAGCAGGCGCGGCAGCUGUCUCGGGACUUCGACAAUGUGUGGUGGCAUGCGGUCUGCCACCGACAAGACCAGCCCGAAACCCGGGUUCUCGUCAUCAUGUCGAGCAGAACAUUGAAGAGUACUCCGGCUUGUGAAGAUCCGUCUGCCGUGCAUGUCACGGAAGACACUCCAUACUCUUCCUGCUGAGAUUUAUUAUCUGUCAGAACGAAACAGGACAUCAAUGAAGGCCCCACAAGUAUAUAUGAGAGGUGACAGGUGAUGCGUAGACUCUUUCUCCACCACGAAGUUAGAGAGAAG